GGCCGCGCGCCUCCCCUCGCUGCCCUCCUCCAAGCGCGUCAAGGCCGCCUUCGCCGCCGCCUCCCUCCUCCGCCUCGCCCCGACCCUGCUCCUCCUCCCCGCCGCCGCCUCCUCGCCCUCCCCCACCGCCCUCUUCGCGCUCGCGCUGCUCAAGUCGGGCUACAAGCUCUCCAAGAACUCCGCCAAGGUCGUCGAGGGCUUCCUCGGCCUCCAGGUCCACAAGGGCUUCCGCAACGGCGUCGACGCGCUCGGGGUCGUCGUCAAGGUCGCCGUCAUCGCCUCCGAGGUCGCCGUCUGGGUCGGCGGCCGCUUCUGGGGCGCCGACGACGAUGGCCGCGGCCGCUCCGUGCGCUUCCUUGGCCUCACCAGGACGACUACCUUGGUCCUGGCCGGGUCCGCAAAAUCUGAAGCCCAGGUUGUGCUCUUCGAUCCCGGAACUGUCGUCGAGAUGGAGGACGAGGGGUGCUGGCUGGAGGAGGACCCAGACCCAUCCCUGUUGCUCUGCCUCGCGGUGCCUCUGCCUGCCUGAGAUGGCCAAAUUAGUGGGUUAGUUGCAAUUAGCACACAGCUGUGUUGUACAGUUGCUUAUAUCAUCAGAUGUUGUAUGUAGUCACGUACUCUUUUCAAUUUUGAUCCAAUGCUUGCUUCCUAGCUCAUGUGUGUCAGUUUUUCAGUUAGUUGCGACUGCUUGCUUGUGCAUCACCCCUCAAUCAACAAGUGAAGUAAAUAAAAGUGGUGGUUUAUGUGCA